AUGCCGUCAACGCACGGAAGAAAUACUCAGACCUUUUCCGAAACGAAAUCAGAAUACAUCGAGCAUGUUGACGAUGCCAGAGACAAAGUCCUCGAGAAAGGUGGUCGCGAGGACCUGGAUAAGUUCGGGUCUCAUGCGAAGACAGACCCUGCUGAGGUAGCUUUGGUGAAGAAGCUGGAUUGGUAUAUGAUGCCUGUGCUGUGGUUCGCUUACUUCCUCAAUUUCCUUGACCGCAAUGCCAUCGUCAAUGCCAGGCUGAAUGGAUUGAGUGGAGACCUCAAUCUGAAAGGCACACAGUACAACACAUGCAUCAGCAUUCUUUUCGUCGGCUAUCUUCUAGGUCAAGUGCCUUCGAAUAUGUUGCUGACUCGCAUCAAGCCCGGAGCAUACAUCUCAGUCUUCUUGGGCUUAUGGGGCAUCGUGUCAAUGCUGACCUUCUUGGCCAAAGACUACCACGGAAUGCUGGUCUGUCGCUUCCUGCUCGGCAUAACAGAAGCCCCGUUCUACCCUGGAGCCAUUUUUGUGAUCUCUCUUUUCUAUACAAGGAAGGAAACAGCCACAAGGAUGGCGAUUCUGUACACCGGAAACAUGUUUGCGAGUUCAUUUUCUUCACUAAUUGCAGCUGGUGUCUUUGAAGGCCUGCAUGGAGUGCACGGUCUCAGCGGCUGGCGAUGGCUUUUCAUCCUGCAAGGUGCUGUCACCAUUGUCGCAGCUGUCGCGGCAUGGUUCACGUUGCCCAACUCACCUCUUCAAACAAGAUGGCUCACGCCUGAGGAGAGACAACUGGCUCAUGAUCGUGUUGCUGCGGACACCACUCACAAGCGUGAGGGUACAAGUGUCUGGACAGGUCUUCGGGAAGCCAGCUCAGACUAUCGAACUUGGCUAUUUGCGCUCACAGGCAUUCUCCACUUCUCGGCGAAUGGUUUUAAGAACUUCUUGCCUCAGCUGAUCAAGACUUUCGGUUAUUCUGACACGGUAUCACUCGUCCUGACGACGCCUCCUUAUCUGCUAUCGACAGUCGUUUCUGUCUUGGUUGCGUGGACCUCUGGACGAUACAAUGAACGGACUUGGCACAUCACAGCUUGCAAGCUCGUUGCCAUUGCUGGUUUCAUCAUCGCAGUAAGCACUCUAAACAUGGGUGCUCGCAUGUUUGCAGUUUUUCUUUUUGUCGGCGCCACCUAUGGUGUCAACAAUAUCAACAUUGCAUGGGUUGCUGCCACUCUCGGACAAACAGACGAGAAGAAGUCUGUGGCAAUCGCGAUUGUCAACACGAUCGGAAAUUGUGCGAGUAUUUUUACGCCUUAUCUGUGGCCAGAUUCGGACUCGCCUCGAUUUCUGACAGCCAUGUUCUCGAGCAUAGCUUUCUGUGUUGGUGUCAUUGCAUUGACGUGGCUUAUGCGGUUGGUGUUGAUGAGAGACAAUCGUCGUAUUCGUCAAAACGAGUCGGAGGCUAUCAACUUUUAUGCUUACUAG